UAAAAGCUCUGCUGCCUAUUUGUCGGCAUUCAUUCAACGAGUGGAAAUCAUCCCGACUAAACCACAAUGGCAGCUAAGUUCGUCGUAGUGCUCGCUUUGGUAGCCGUGGCCCACAGCUCCGUGGUGCCGGUAGUACCAGUCGCGAAAGCAGACGACUACACAAGCUUCGCAUAUGACGUCGCAGACCCCAACACCGGCGAUUUCAAGAGCCAGGUCGAGACCCGCGUCGGUGGCACCGUCAAGGGACAGUACUCGCUUCUUGACGCUGACGGCACCAAGCGCACGGUUGACUACGCCGCUGAUGAUGUCAACGGAUUCAACGCUGUCGUCAGGAAAGACCCAGCUGUUGUGGCUGCUCCCGCUGUUGUAGCGACUGCUCCUGCCGUCGUAGCCGCUCCCGCCGUCGUCUCGUCCGCCCGUACCGUUGUCGCUGCUGCUCCUACCGUUGUAGCGUCUGCGCCUACUGUCGUCGCCUCCGCUCCCGUGGUAGCCUCUGCCCCUGCUGUAGUAGCCGCCCGCGCUUACGCUCCAUCCCUGUACGCUGGUGCCUUGUACUCGCAGAAGUACUACUCCCCGACCGUCUACGCUGCGGGAACACCUACUGUCGUGACCCGUAACUUGGCCGGCCCUGCCUACUACACCGCGUCCGCUCCUGUCUUCGCCCGCACUGUCGCCGCGCCCACAUACGUCGCCCAAUCUCCCUACAGCUACGCUGCGUACUCUUCCCCACUUACCUACUGGUAAAUACCUCAAAUAGAAUAUGUAAACGACGUAUCCAAAUACUUGGCUUGUAAAUAGUUAAUUUUGUACAUAACCAGUGCGUGUGUAAUAAACAAACUGAUUUCCAA